UCCGCGUUGAAGACCAACUUUGGCCUAGUUUGGAGCUCCGAUGGUGAUGUUGUGAUGUGAUUGGUGAUCGAUACGUGUGCUUUGUUGGAGUUUGUGCGUCCGCCCAAGUCAGGAAGCGUGACUUCUACGUAUGUGUGCUCUUUGGAGAGACUUCACUGGAAACAUGCUGUUAUCUCGGAACUAAGGACUUUUGUUUGGAAUAUGUUUGGAAAGAUGACUUGACUUGACUUUGGUGUGAUUGAAGCCAAACUUGUGACAUCGUGUCUUGUCAUUUCUUUAGUCUUAUUCCAUCCCUAAAGUCGAUGUCAAGAUGUGACAGAUCAUAGUGUGACAGCGUUUGAUGGACAGGUCAAGGGCGGUCCAGAUUAUCCAGUUAUCUUUAACUGUGAGGGAUCCACUAUCUAAUUAGCCCUGAUAUCAUGCCAUCAUUGUGUUUGUGAUCCGGGUCCUUGAUAGAUCCUGUCUUUUAUGCUAUGCUAAAUAUGGAAAUGAUCACACAUGCAAGGGGGAAAUGACUCAAAUGACUCAAAUGCCAAAACCCUAACCCCUAAAAGAAAUCCUGCAGGUUCACAGACCAAACUGAAGUUAGCCAGGAGAAACCGAAUGAUUUGAGGUAAUUGAGUACCCGAUUCACUUUAGUGUGUAACUCAGAAGGAAAGGAAUGGCAGAUGUUCAUUUUAGUUAAACACUUGGCCGUAAUAUUGUACAAUAUCAUAGCCCAACCCUAUAUUUCUGUGUUUGGACAUUGGUGCGUUGAUUUGCUCCUGUUGGCCGCCGCAUGUCAGAGCUGGUAAUCUGACUGAUGGGUUGCUUAGUGUGGGUGUGGGGGGGUGUGGGUGUGGGGGGGUGUCACAGGCACCCUGAUUAGAGGGCUGAUCAGGUCAUCUGUCACUCGGCCGUUGGACAUAGCAUGUGAGCGUGUGCAGGGACGUCACGUCCGCCGUCCUAUCGUGAUGGCUCAUCAUACCUGGGAAGACAAGUCAGUGUUUGUUUGGGCCCCACGGUGUCAUGUACACUGUGUCACCGUGCAAAAGCUGUUUCACCAUUGAUUGUCUUUUGGUGGCGUUCAAUGCCGGAGCUGCAGCAGGAUAAUGAUCCACAACGCAGCAGCAAGUCCACCAGUCCAUGGGUCUUUAGCAGGAAACUGAAAUAAUGGGGUUUGAACCUGAAUGUGGCAUAGAGUGGUGGUGAUGAUACAAAACAGCAUUCUGGGAGAAGAAAAUAGAACUCCAAAGCAUAAGGUUGAAUAUUAAUAUUUGCAUAAUUGCAAAAUAUCUCCUUGGCUUCAAUAUUGUGUCAUUUACUGUUAGUGUCAUUUUGACAGGAAUGCCAGGAAUUUCGUAGUAAUGUUGUGGCAGUGUUGAGAUAUUUUUGGCAGGCAGCGUAUCAAAGCGACAGCAAACGUUCUGACAUGUCUUUGCUGUUCUAGUGAAAUAUGGAAGCUGGAGAUAAUCAUAGUAAUCGUAGGUACGGUGUCAUGUCCGCCCCAGGAAGACAAUAAAACACAUCGUAUAGGUUGUCUGGAAAGAACUUAUUCUUUUGGUGGUAUUAGUAGUAGUAGUGGUGGUAGUAGUAGUUGUGGUGGUAGUAGUAGUAGUGGUGGUAGUAGUAGUCGUAGUUGUAGCAGUUUCUCAGUGCUGUGAGACAUAGUCCCUCCAGCGUGUCCUAGGUCUGCCCUGGGGACUUCUCCUGACUGGGCAUUCCCGGAACACCUCACCAGGGAGGCAUCCGGACUCGAUGCCCAAGUCACCUCAACUGGCUCCUCUAGGAACUAAUGCUAAUGCUAAUGCUAAUGGUUUAAUCUGAUUUGAACAUGCACCAGAUUCCAAUUGAGUGCAUCCCAUAACCAGUUCCCAGUUCCACAUGUUAUUUCUUUCUUUUAAGUAAGAUAUGGUAGAACCAGAGAGCAAUAAAGAGUGAGGAGUGAUUUCUGAUUGAGAACAAAUUUAGCUUUGUUCAAUAUUGAAAUAUUUCUGGCCACCUUAUGUUGUAUAUUUGUAAUAUGAGGUUUCCAGCUCAUAUUUUCAUCGAUUGUGAUCCCCAGAAAUGUAUUUUCGUUCACCCUUUCAAUGUCUACACCGUCUAUUUGUAUUUGUAACUAGACCUCGAACUCAAGCCCGUGAAUGCAAGGUUGUGUCAUGUAUGUUUUAUUAUUAUUAUUAUGUAUUUUAUUUUUUUUGCAUAUCAUACAAAACCUUUGAAGGGGAAAAUAUGCGCCAAAUGUUAGAAGAAGCAGCGUAGAGAAGAUUGCAGGUGCCAACAAAGAGAUCAUGUCCACACCACACUUGGCCAUAAAGCAUUUCAUAGACUUGAAGAGGUUGUUUUGUUUUUAUCGCCUCAUAAAAGACUCAGCUUGAAUGUUGUGUAUGUUGGUGAGGAAGAAAAUGGUGCUGGGAGGGUUUUUUUCAUGCAAAAGAACACACGCACACACGCAGCAUGCACGGCGGCAAACUGGGGGCAUGAGGGGUAUGAUUACGGGGUUAUUUACAUUACAGCACUGAGCGACACACAAAAUCACCAAGUGUUUGACAAAGCGAGAGAGAGAGAGAAGAUGGCUUCCAGAUGUGAGGUGGAAUUCAGGGCGCCGAGAACAGCUCCUCCUCCUUCUCCUCCUCCUCCUCCUCCUCCUCCUCCUCCUCCUCCUCCUCCUCCUCCUUCCCUUUAGUUCUUCACAUGAACAUACAGUAAAUAAUACAUAUUUCAUUCCAUUCACAUACUAGUUCUUUUGACCUGUUCGUUCAUGAUCGACACGCCACUACUCGGUGCCAGCUGUCAUGGCUGCCGUCAUGGCUGCCGUCAUGGCUGCUUUGAUGGCUGCUGUCAUGGCUGAUGUGAUGGCUGCCGUCAUGUUUAUGUCACAGGUUUUUCCAACAGUGCUGUCAGGUUAUUGAAAGGUAAAAACUGCAUUAUGAGAUAUUCUAUCUAAUAAGUCAUAUUUUUGGUUGUUUGAAAUGGAUUAUUGCUUUGGUUUUCACGUUUCAAUUUUCAUCCGGCCUUUUGGGAUUAAUUCAGAACAAAAAUAGAAGUAGCGCUGUGGUCAUUUAGGGGUGAGGAAGUUCACAGCACUUCCUGGCAAUUACUGACAGUUUGUUGGUCCGUCUCAUGCCACUUUAAAAACCAGAUACAAAUAUGAGAAAGAGGUCAGUAGAUGUGAUGUAGUAGAGCUCCACACAAGUGCAAACCUAACCCACAAUAAUAAGCGGAGACUCUGACUAAAGGUCAAAUCCACCUCAUGUCAACACUGCUUUCGUUAACUCUUAAAUCCGAGGGUGUUGACGUAUUUUUGAUCCUGUGUAAUUAUUUAUUUCAUGGAUGUCACAUGACCAAAUGUGGGUUUAUUAAAGGGACCACCGCCCUGCGCUAUUCAAGAUGGUCUCGUGUUUGGAGAGCAAGACUCGCCCAGUUGGAAAUGUGCGAGUGGCCAUGUGGGUGUUCUCAGGGCUGCUUCAGGAAAUACCAAUAUCCACUUUUUUUCCUUCCCAGGGAAACUAACCGACAUUCCUCUUGGCUGUAUAAACACAUCGAUAAAUAUAUAUACUCGCACAGUUUCACACGUGCACACAUGCUCUUGGAUGCGCCGUGACGUGGUGAGAAAGUCAACACACACACUGAGACGUUUGCAAGGACUCGUCUUGUGUUUGGUGCAGGUUUAAAACCAAGUCCUGGUUCAGGGGGCUUAGAUAUUGAAAUAGAGGGUGUUAAGCUAAACCACUGUGAUGUGAAGAUCCUGUUAAUACGGGGGUUCCUCGGUCUACGGUGGCGACCAGUUUUGUAGACUAGUUUUGAUCUUACCGUUAGUAAGCAGCACAUGCACUGGAGAUAUACUCUGAAGUUAUAUAUAGAUAUAUAUAUAUAGAUAUAUUUCAAGAAGAGAAUGCACAUUUUAUAGAGAAUAAGUAUAGUUUUACAUGCCAAAAACAAUGCAGAAAAAUCCUAAAUGGCAAAUUGAAUGACUAUUUAGCAUCGAUUUGACCUCUAUUGUUGUUAGCUCUGGAGAAGGAAGAGCAAGUUUGCACUUUGCUGCAAGUUCUUCUUGACUUAAUUAGCGUUUCUAACUUCUUUUUUUUUUAUAUCACCUCGUACUUUGGUACGGGACAAAAAAAUGUAAAAACCUUAGGUAGUGAACAAAUGUAACAGUUAGUGAUUGUAAAAGUACCAGAUGGAGGGGUAGGAUUUAAUAAGCUUUGCUUCUUCCUACUCCUUUUGGACAUGUGGAACUGGGAACUGAUUAUGGGAUGCACUCAAUUGGAAUCUGAUGCAUGUUCAAAUGAAAUUAAACCAUUACCAUUACCAUUACCAUUACCAUUACCAUUACCAUUACCAUUACCAUUUUACCGAUCUGCCGUUACUCACAACUUUCUUUGGCCCCAUGGUGGUUUAUUUUGCGGCUUUGUUUGGGCUGUCAGUUAUGCGGAAUGAUACACAGGUAGACGGACCACUUUGUUACAUGCAAUGUUUGGCCGUGCCAUAACCGAGAGGGGCAAUCUAGGUGAAAAUUAGCUGAAAAACCUAAUCAUACCAAAGGGUGGGCUUAAGAAAACUGAGGUUGGACUGUAUUUGUAUUGGUUUGACAACAUGCACGCUCCAAUUGCACCAUGUACGAGUGCUUGAUUUUUGAUUUCAUUUGACCACAUAUUGGAAUAAUAACAUCUCUCUGGUACUCCCAUACCUAAACAACAUGCUAUAAUAAUAAUAUAAUGGAGGGAAUCAUACCUCUCUCAUGCAAUCCGAGUGGUUUUAUGGGCACAAAGUCCAAGGUGUGCUGACCUACGUUGAAGUGGAGAUGACCUUGAAUGUGCUUUACGUUGCACUGCUUUUUCUCGGAAAGGUUGUGCUUUGAUGCGCCAGCGUCUGGUGUAACUUGUCACAUGGUGACAAUGCUUUCAACACAAGACUGAAAAACUGAUUGUGUGAUGUUGGACCGCACCGCCUGGCCCAGCAUCACAGCAUAUCCCCACACACGUGUUGCACACAUGAAUAAUGAAUCAGUGUGUGAGAGUGUUUCCUGUGUCCAACAUGCCACACCGCGGCGGCAAAGAGGACUAAUUGAUGACAUCACCCAGAAAAAUCACUAAGUGUCCAGUCAGAUUAGCAUCAUGUUUGUGUGGUAUCCAGGAUCUUGCUAUGAUUUAUUGUGAUGUGUUUCAGCUCAGCUAUAACAUACCUUCCCUUUGUCCACAUGCAUUGCUAAGGGAUUGCAAUAUCUUGUUGGCGUGUUGUACACACCCUGUGUACUGUGAAACACACACACACACACACACACACACACACACACCAUCUUCAAUAACAGACAAGACUCGGUCUGAACAUGUCAGAAUUGAGAAAUCAAUUCCAGCUCCUCGUCUGUCGGUGAUAUGGUGAUUCAUGGCGUCUCAGUGAUUCCCAUUGGACUUCAAGGCAGUCGUGCGGUUAGCGCGCAGACCUCACAGCUAGGAGACCCGGGAUCAAUUCCACCCUGUCUCUAAAACAUGCUAGGUUAAUUAGCCACUCCAAAUUGUCCAUAGGUAUGAAUGUGAGUGUGAAUGGUUGUUUGUCUAUAUGUGCCCUGGGAUUGGCUGGCCACCAGUCCAGGGUGGACCCCACCCCUGGCCCGAAGGCAGCUGGAAUAGGCUCCAGCACCUCCCGUGACCCUGUGAGGAUAAGCGGUAGAAAGUGAACGUAAGGGAAGACUAUAAGCGCUAUAUUUGGGGCAUUGCUGUAAGCUUGGAGUCUACUCGUUAAGGCUGGCUAAUUCUCCAACGAUGUGGACGUCCCGCCCGCCUUCUUCUUCUUCUUCAUGAGCUUACAUCCUAUGAAAGGAUGUGCCUCGCAUAGGAGAAUCUCGCUCAAGAUCAAACCUUGUGCCACCUCGUAGUCGCACACACAGAUAAGCCAGUGGAGCUGUACUUGCUGUCGGUAUUUACUGUAAGCUCCCUACUUACUGUGAUCGCCCCCCCCCCCCCCCCGCCCCCCCACUGAGACAGAUCAAAUAAGUAACACAAGGCGAGCACCUGUUGUCAGUGUGAGAUGAGGAUGACCCAAGUGCAACUAGACUUUAUUCCACUUUUUGUGCUUGCGGUGAUGCAGACAUCAUGGAUGGACGGGAACGCCAUCACUAGCAUUUAGCCGUCAAUACAAGCUGUGUUAUUGAUUUGUAGGCAAUGGAAAGUAGAACAUGGCCGUGUGCCAGCCAACCGUUAAAUCCUACUCAAUAGACACCAAGCAGCAACCUGCACAAAUGCAGUGUGGGGACCAUUUGCACUAAAUACUGCAUAACAACAACUUGAUCUUAAUGGACAUGACACUGUCCAAAUAUUACAAAGAGUACAGUUGUUGAGUACAGUUGUACACCCUUGUUAAAUGAAUCAAAGUCAGGUUUAAUCAGUGUCUUCUGAAUGUCUCAUAUUUAUAUAUAUGGCCUAUUAUUCUCAUAUUCGGCCCUUUGUAUUGAGUUGUGGACUCCUAUAGAGCAGCUACACUCAAUAACCUGCACUUUCUAGGUCUUCCAGAAUCUGAACCUAUUCCAGCUGUAUUUCCUUGCACUACCAAAUGAUCUGUUUUAAUAUACUCCACCCAUGGUCCGCCUGUGGGCACGCCCACUCCACUGGGAUUGAUCCCACCCAGUUUGUACCCGGGCACACCCAUACAAGGAUGUCACCGACUGGAUGGAUGUCACAGUGAUCCAGUGUUGGAAAAACCUCUCUGAAACUCUGAGUGUUCAGAUCCCAAGCGUCUCUCAGGGCAAACCUCAUUAUCUGAAACUUUGGCAUCGUUUAACACGAGAAAACAACAUUUAUAGGUCAGUAAAGUGGAAACGGCAUAAUAGGUCCCCUUUAAGAUGGAAAAUGAAUCAUUUUAAUUCAUUUAGGCCCAAAACACGUACAGUUUUAAACAGCCUGGAACUAUAAUAUAAAUACUUUAUAGCUUGUCAUCCAGGACAUAAAACUUGGUAAGUUCAGAUAACAGGAUGGAGGAGUGAAGGAAGGUUUGCGGGUAGUCCCCCUCCCGCUCCUGCGGCCCUCCCCCGGCCCUCCUCCCUGUGCAGCAUUACCAUCCAUGGUGACCAGGAGGAGAGGAGCAUGGCAUGCAGCAUUUACCACUUAGUCAUGUCGUCCAUUGUUUCCUCUUUAUUCCAACACUCUACUGUCUGUCGCUCUCACAGGAAAAAAGACCACCAACUCCUGACUCAUUUGCAAAGAAUCAGCGCAUGCGAGUACAGGCGCAGUUAACAUUGGCCUCUUUUUGCCAACAUUUGCUUCAAGGGAAUUCUCUAUGUAAUUUGACUACAGUGGAGCCUCAGAAGUGGGAGGACUUUGACCGGGACGAGAGAUCUUCUCGCACACUUUCAGAGAGAAGAGAUCAUCUUUUGUGUGCAGUUUGAGGGAUCUCCAGAGCGUCAUGUUGGACUAUUUCUUUUAUUAUUAUUAACAGGGUUUGACUCGCGAGUGCAGCAUGGCAGGACUGUAUGGAUGCUUCAAGAGCAACAAUGAUUGAUGGACCUGCUGAGGAACACCAAUCAACUGACAGAGAAAGUGACACAAUACCAGACAAACAAGAUGAAGCGGAGGAUGUCGCCUUGGGGAGCCGGCUUUGGAAGUGGGCGGAGCAGCGAGGCCGCCCCCAUGGCAUCAGGACCUGCGGAUGUGACGGCCAACCAGGAGUCUGCUGAGGCUGGGGAGGAGUGCUCAGGAAAGAAGAAGUCCAAGUUCCAGACAUUUAAAAACUUCUUUGCCAGGAAGAAGAAAAAGGACUCGUACUCAUCGAGGGAUCAUGCGGAUCUUAAAGGCAGCCAGUCAAGCGACGACAUCAGUAAAACAUCUGAUAACGGUGCACUCUGUCGCUCAGAGAAGGAGAAAGGCUCUGGGUCAAAGAUCAGCCUGGGCAGCAAGGCCUUGUCACAUGACUCCGUCUUCGUCUCGGAUUCGUCGGAAGCCAACGAGGUUCUGGGGGCAUCUCAGGACAGCAUUCAUGGAAAAGUGAAAUCUCUUCAGCUCCAGCUGAAGCAGGCCAUCCGUCUGGGCUCCCCUCCAUCUCUGAUGUGUGUCAAGAGGAUGGAAGAUGGCGGAACCAUGUCAGAAGAUGAUGGGCUCCCCUGCAGCCCCCCCGAGUACACUUCACCUCACACAGCCGUGGUUCAGAGGAACAGCUCCGUCAGCCUGGAAGGGACCGACAGUGAUGAAGACCAGAUCUCCAGAGCAGGGAGCCCCCUUGUGGCGGUUCCUGGGGAUUUCAGUCAACCUGCCAGCCCCUUUGGCUGCCUGGACAACUCGGCUGCCAAACACAAGCUGGGCCUAAGACGGAAGGCCUGGAACAGGAGGAGACCUGCCAACAGGCUUGAGAUGAAAGCAGAGGAACAUCAUGGCAUCAAUGGAUCGUUGAACAUUCCCUUAACAGAACCUCUGGAGGUCCAAGAGGAUGAGAAGAUGAGAGAUUCCAGUGCGGAGGAGCUAGACCGGAAGCUGGAGAAUCUGGAAGAGCAAUGCUUGUUGGGAGAUCAGCAGGAGAGCACGGAAGGAGAGGAUGAGUUGGAAGCAGAAGAGGAUAUGUCACAUGGUCAGGAAACCUGUCAAUCAGAGGAGGAAGCUCCACCCUCCCCACAGCGCAGCACCAGAACCUCCUCUCUGGACGGUCCCAGGGUCUCACCAGAGCCCCCUGCUGGCCAGAGAAACCUCCUGGUCCAUCCGCUGGUUGCAUGUGGAGCCCAGGAAAACAUGGAUGGGCUCGAGGAGGCUGUGGAGGAAGACGGCUCCUUCUUACAGGAAGUGCUGAGCUCCUUACCUUCAUGUUCCUCAUGUGUGGACUCCGAUGAUGUUGUCCUGGAGAUGAAGGAGGAGGACAAGGAGCCGAGAGAGGAGGAGGAGGAGGAGAAAGAGGUGAAGGAGGAGCCUGACUUUCAUCAGGAUGCUCCAUCUGAUGCCUUGCUUGUGGGCCAAACCACCGAGGAAGAGGUGGAGGAAGCUCCCCAGAGUGCUCCUUUACGUCUGUAUGCAGAUGAAGAAGAGGAAAGCCAAGCGAAUGAAGAGGAGGAGGAAGAAGAAGAGCUGGUUGUGGAGAGAUUCUUUCCAACUUGUCUGGAGGACAAAGGAGAUGAGGUGCCACCACAGGAUGAGACACCUGAAGAAGAACAAGACUGGUUCCGAAGGAGAUCUGACCAACAGGAAGAGCAGGAAGCGAUUAGAGGUGAUGAAGAAGUGCAGGAAGAGGAGACAGCAGAGAUGGUGGAAAAGGAAGAAGGUCAGGAGUUGAGUGAGGAAGAGGAGGUGGAGGAGAAACAACAGAUAGCGGAGGGGAUGACUCCCGAUGCAGCAGGCGGAGAUGUUUGCAAUGUUCUCCCACUGCCAAAGGAAGUAGAAGGUGCAGAUGCCAUCUACGAUACACAAAUCACACACGAUAAAGAUGGAACUCCUCCAGAGUCACGUGGUCAGAAAGCCGACACCGGACACGACGACCAAGCGACUGAUCAUGAACAUCCUGACUAUGAAAGGGACGAUAGAAAAGACGAAGGAACAGAGGAUGAAGACUUAAACGUACAUUUGGAAAGAGAGGAUGACUUGGAGGCAAAACAAGACGUGGAUGAAGAUCUGGAGGAGGAAGAAACGGAGGAGGAGGAACAAUCCAGAUCACCCUUGCCUUCUUUUGAGUCUUCACGGGAAAAUGACACUCCCACUGAGGCUGUCCCUCCAAGUGAGACCAUCACGCCCACUGAGACCAUCACGCCCACUGAGACCAUCACGCCCACUGAGACCAUCAGUCCUAAUGAGACCAUCAGUCCUAAUGAGACCAUCAGUCCUAAUGAGACCAUCAGUCCUAAUGAGACCAUCAGUCCUAGAGAUACCAUCCUUCCAAAUGAUACCAUCACCUCCAUGGAGACCACCACUAUCCACAGGAACCCUGUUUCUCCAAACUCAGAGACAGGAGCCACCCUGGCCCUUCAGUUGUCCCCAACUGAUGAAGAACCAUCACCAUCACCAUCUCAUGGUAGAACAACAGAACAAGUUGAAGAAGCAACUGACAAGGUGGCAGAAGCAGUCGCUGCUGAAGAGCAGGUGGAACAGGUAUCUGAUGCCAGCCCUCCCUCACCCGAGGAAGCAGGAGGGGAGGAUGUGUCCUCAGGUGGUUCCCAUCAGAGCAAAGUCCACUUCACCGUCCCACCUGCCUGGCAGAGGUCUCUCUCUGGGGGAGACACCCCCUUCUCUUACCAACCUGGCGACACAGGCCUUGGAGAUGAAGGUAGUGAGGGGAGCAUCAAGAAGGACCUCCAUGAAGAUCCAAAAGUGUCUGUGGAACCUCUGAGUACCGUGUCCCAGGUCCCAGUCAAAGCUCAGACCACUGCUGUUGGAGCCAAAGAAGGUGAGGAACCAAGAUGGAGCAUGAGCAGAUCUACACCUGGUGUGCACCAUGAAGGGGAUCAUGUGGGGGUGGAGGGAAGAUACCACACCCCCUUUGGGGUUCGACUCAGGAAGACCGCAGUCCUGCACGGGUUCAACUCCCACCUGGAAAACACACAGGCUCCAGCUCAGCCUGCCAUGUCUAAAGUUGACCCCAGCGCCAGUUUCAAAGCCUCCAUCAGUCCGCCAACCAGCAACAAACCCGCCCUGCCCAAGAAACCCGAUGUUCACGGAGACAUUGGAGUGAAACCCAAACGUGUCACGGAGCCGUCUGCAUUCCGUGGUGUUUCUCCUGGAUCUGAGGGUCCCAGUUGGAUCUCUGUGGCCAAACAGAAACAGAAGACCUACAAAGAAAACCCGCUGGAUGAAACGACGGUCAAAAAGGAGGAACAAGACAAGAAGUCUCCGCUGCCAACGUACGUCAGCUCUGCUGCAAAGAAGGAAAUCAGCAACAAAACCCCCGAAUUCACCGGAAAAGUGACUUUGUCAGAAACCAGUAAGCUGUCAUCAUCCACGGAAAAGGAGACCAAGAAGCCUCUGCCACCCCCCACUCCGGUGCCACCUCAGCCUCCUAAAUGUCAACCGCCGGCCCGCCCUGUGACCCCUAAAGCAGUGGCUCCGCUGGUCACCCCCAAACCUGCAGCGCCGCCCGCAUCCUCCCAUCCAUCCCCGUCCUCUUCGACUCCCACCAGCGCCAACCCACCCGCUCCCUCCACAAGCACCCCCCCACCCAAGCCAACACUCGCAUCGCCUUCUUUUUCAUCAAGAAUCCACCCCCCCCUCCCGGGGCCAAGAGCUCCAACGCUUUCCGGUCCAUCUCCGGGAUCCCAGCGUGGUCUUCCACCUCCGUCUUUGCCCCAGGAUGAGCCGCCUUGGAUGGCUCUGGCCAAGAAGAAGGCCAAAGCUUGGAGCGAGAUGCCGCAGAUAGUUCAGUGCCAAAGGUCCGGUACUUGACUCUUGGUACUUGACUAACAGCCUGGCUGGACCCCCAUUUGCAAAGGUCUGGUACUUGACUCCACUAACAGCCUGGCUGGACCCCCAUUUGUAAAGGUCUGGUACUUGACUCUUGGUACUUGACUAACAGCCUGGCUGGACCCCCAUUUGCAAAGGUCUGGUCCUCCACUAACAGCCUGGCUGGACCCCCAUUUGCUUUUGCACAGGACCAGAUGUUUCUCCUGCUUUGGUCUUGUUUCUAAGCAUCUGUCAGUCUCCAUCAUGCUAAUUCUUCAUGUUGACAUGUUGUACAGCAUUAAUGACAUCCAUCCAUACGUGUGCACUUUUGGGUCAUGGAGGUGCCUAAUUAAGGGAAAAGGUAUAACCGGCUGGUGGAGAGGAAGGACAAAGGAUUUCCUGCACACAAAGAAUGGAAUCAAAAGUACAAUUAUGAAAACAUGGUAAAGGUAGGAAUGGUAUGAGUAAAUAAAAAGUAUUAUUUAGAUAUUUUUUCAAAAACAACGCUUCUAACUGCGGUAGCUAAUUAAUUAAUUAAUGUAAUGAAUCAUGUUUACAGUGAUUGGAUGAAUGAUCAUUUGUAGACAUAAAUAUAUUUGGCUUGAUUUACAUGUUCCACCUCAUUUGGAAAUAUAACACAUCCUGUUAUUUCUCUUUUGGUUACUAAAAUACAGUAGAAAUUGGCUUUUUUCAGACAUGGUUCCAAAUGGUGAUUAAUUGUGAUUAAUUUUAAAUGUGUGAUUAAUCCGUUUACUUUUUUAAAAAUCAUUUGGCAGCCCUACCGUAUAAGAAUCUUCAACUGUUUUCAACGUUUUUGCUCAUAAUAUCACAGAUGUUAUUAGGUCUGUUAUUAGUCAAAACAUCUUGAAAUACAACGUAGUAUAUGUAGUAUUCUGGUCACUCGGUGGCAGUAAUGACAUACGAGAUUGAGACAUUACCUUACAUUUCGUUACCUCAACACUGGCAUGUCCGACAUGAUAGCGUGAGACGGUUCUCAGACGAUUGCGUGUGGAAGUGUAAGUUUUGAAGAAAUAAGAAUGAGUUUAUAAAACGGUUAGAAAGCCAAACAGGUUUUCUGGGCUUUCGCUAAAACAAAUUCAAUUUAUGAACAUGAAGUCCGACAUGACAGACCUUCUCUAAACCUCUCAACGUCCAACUGGUCAUUGUUUGUCUUCCUGAAAUGAUCCCCAACUUAUCUUUUACUCUUUACAACUCAUAGUUGGACUUUUUUCUUUCCAUUGCGGUCAUCGUACUCGCUGCUAAGAGAUGGACACGUUGGAGACGUUGGAGACUUUGGAGACGUUGGAGACGUUGCAAAGUGUGAGAGGCAAUGGUCGUCUCCAAGUGCUUACUUUCGGAGCUCAUGUUGUUAAAAGCGUGUGGACCCAUUUAUUUUGGAAGCGCAUACAAAGUUAACCGAACACGACGUGCUGAUCUCCACCUGCAAGCUCUUAAGGCGAGUAGGAACCUCUCCGCUGGUCCGUGUAUUUUCCAGGCUUACUUUUGGGUAUUUUGAAACCACAGUUAACAGUGUGUAACGAGUUUUAUCAAUGAUUGAAGUCUCUUGUUGUUGUUUUUUUACUGUAACAUCACGUUGACAGCCAUGUGAUGGUUGUCACCACCAAGUGAUGAUCUACAGACGACAACGUCAGCCAUUGAGAGGUUGACGUGAUGUUCACGCAGACAACUCCAUCAAGGAACGCAAGAAAGGUUUGGUUAUGGGUCAUCUAUCUCCCACAGUAGCUACUUUCAUGUGUUGAUUCUAUUUUGUAUUUCCUUGGAGAAUUGGUCGUGUACAUGUACAUACGUGUACAUACGUGUACAUAAAAGCUGCAGUAAAUAACAAAUGAAAUCCUUUUUUCUGUGUUUUCAUGUCUUUUCCUGUGUGGCUCAAAAGGCGACCCGUUGGAUGAGGUCAUCACUCACACUGGUAAACAUACCAAGCCACGCAUUACCAGCAAGUCGGGCAAGAAGACCAUGGUACAUAUGGAGUACAGUACUCCGUUCCACUUGUUUAAGUAUAUUUUUUGUGGUUGAAUACGACCCAUUAGUAGUAAAACACUGAGAGUGAGAGUCACUCGCUGCAGAGAGCAACAAGCAUGGCGCUCUUCUUUAGUCUUAUUAUGCCAACUGUAUUGGCUCAUAAAGUGUAAAGGUGACUCUAGGGGUGUUAUCUCAUGUCUAGAGAGCUCUAAUCAUGUAAAAAAAAAACGUAUUUAAAAUGUCGUGAACAGGUUUUCUAUGCUCUAAGUGGGGAAAUACUGCAUUUAUAAAGAAGGACCCCCGACUUCCCAGAUCACAGUUGGGGAAUUCCUGGUAAGUUUGCUGUUUGUCCACCAGAUGGUAGCCUGCACCUUCUCAGGUUUGUCCACCAGAUGGUAGCCUGCACCUUCUCAGGUUUGUCCACCAGAUGGUAGCCUGCACCUUCU